UGCCUGUGAAGUUAUAUCAAUAACUGACUUGAGCUAGCUUAUAAUACAGCCAGCUGUGGCAGGAUUCUAAGCCUGUAUUUUAUGGCCUGCCUAUUCUCAUCACUAACUAGCAAUGGAUUUUGAACCAGAGAAGGAUACGUCAGUUCAGCAAGCAACCAGUAAUAACCACAAAGGUCUCGAAGAGUAUAAUCCAUUUGAAGAAAGUAACAAACAAACAUUAACACAACCAACUAGGCCUGCAACAGCUCCCAAGCAGCCAGAUCAGCAGCCAGCUGUCCUACAACCCACAGGGCCACCUCCUCCUUACACACAAUCUGCUGCUCAACCAGCUGUUCAAGCAGGUCAUGAGGAUUUAAUAAAGCGGCAAGAGGAACUAGAACGCAAAGCAGCUGAACUACAAAGACGAGAACAGCAGAUAAAUAAUGCUCAAUAUAAUACUCGGCAAAAUAACUGGCCACCCUUGCCAUCAUGGUUACACGUACAGCCAUGCUUCUAUCAAGAUUUUUCCGUAGACAUCCCAUUGGAUUUCCAGCGUACAGUGAAAAUGGGAUACUACCUGUGGAUGUUGUAUGUAUUAACUCUAUUUUUGAACUUGAUUGGAGCCAUGGCUUACCUUUUUUCAAAAUCUGGCGGCAAUAAAGCCACUACAUUUGGUCUUGCGAUAGUUUGGUUUGUAGCUUUCAGUCCAUGUUCAUUUAUCUGCUGGUAUAGACCCAUCUACAAGGCUUUCAGGAGUGACAGUUCCUUCAAUUUCUUUAUGUUUUUCUUCAUAUUCUUCUGCCAGUUUUGUGCAAAUGUUAUACAAGCCAUUGGCCUAGAUGGAUGGGGCACAUGCGGCUGGAUCGUUUGCCUUAAAGUGUUAUCCUAUUCUGGAGGUAGUAUGUCCAGUGCUCAGCGUAUAUCCAUUGGAAUUAUAAUGAUGAUAGUCGCAAUCCUGUUUACCGCACUCGCUACAUUAAAUCUAUUAUUCCUUAAAAAGGUACACUCGUUGUACCGAAGCACAGGUGCAAGUUUCCAGAAGGCUCAAGAAGAAUUCGCUCAUGGAGUCGUAACCAACCCAGGAGUUCAGACGGCAACCAAAGAAGCAGCAAAAGGUGCAGCUAGUGGUGUGGCUGCUGGUAUGUUCUCUGGUGGCAGUACCAGCAAUAACCAAAUGUAAUAAUAUAUUCUAAUAUUCAGUUGGAAACAUGAAACAGACUUAUUUAGACCAAGAAAUGGCAGUGUUGAAAACUGGGCUGUGUGUCAGGUCUGUACAGUUAGUGGUGGUGGUGGUUAUACAGUAUAUAGAAUACAAAGUAAAUUCUUUUUCUCUUGUGGAGGUAAUAAAAUGAUGAUAAUGAAAGUCUUGUGUAUUCAAGUGAAAUAGUUUCCAGACAUUCAUUUGGCAUCUCCCCCACCCCCUCCCACAAACGUAGAUUUUUACCAUUGAUUCACUAAUAAGUAAAGGGGUGUAUUAUAUAUCGAGUAUGGUGUUUGAAAUUGUUGUAUGUUUUUAAUGUUGACUAUUCUUCCCUUGUAAAUUUAGACACACUUGAAACUGAUAUUCCAAAGAGAGGUUUUUGGUGUUAAUUUGUGUUCUCUUGCAUUUCUGGAAAGUUGAAAAAUAGGUUUUUUUUGCAAUUAUGUUUCUGGUUUUAAUUGAAAGCAAUAUUAGUCAAGGGUACUGCAGCUCUAAUCUGUAUACUUAAAAUAUUAGAGGGCUAACUGUAGAGUGUUGAACUGCCAUGACAUGAUCCAUUCAUACAAUCCUGGUUGGUGGCGCUCUGUGAGUAUGUGGCCAUUUUUGAAGUACACAAAUGCUCCUUCACAUCUCGGCUACAUAGCAUUGCAGUACUUGUAUAUCAAUUCUGUAUGUUAUUUUCUGAGCAUGUGUAGAGGAAACAUUGAUGUGCGUUUCUUGGGUGUAUUAAACCGUGCACUCACUGUGGUCAACGGUUGUCGGCCGACGCGAUUUUUUUUUUGAUAAUCUGUUCAGACUGCAACCGACAAUCAGCAGACGGCCUCACGUGGUCUAGCGCUCACAGGGAGUGGAGUUGGAUUUGAUGUGCGACCGUCGCAAGACACAGCGAGUGCCCGGCCUUAGGGAUACAUAAGCUCAUCACUUCCCUGUCAGUGUGGUACUGUCCAUUGAAAACAAACUUCCGAUUGGUUUACAACAAACACAGACUUAUGGCAAUAAUGUCAAGUUGUAUAUCCAGAAUUCUUUAGUUAUUUCACCUCUUAAUAAAUUUAGAGCCCUUAAUAAAUGGAUUUUGAUUCAGGAAGAACAAUUAUCCAUUUUUUAGGUAACUUUUCUGUAUUAUUUUUCUGUAUUAUUUUUUCUUUUCUAUAUUAUUGUUAGGUUCGACCUCCAUGUGUUAUUAAAGAAUGCAAUGUGUAUUUGAUUAUUCGGUUUGUAACCCUUACUAUUUGUUUCAUAAUAUAGAUAUCAAGAUGAAUUCAUUUUUAAAAUUAAGUUAUGAUUUCAUAAAUAAAUUUGUGAGAAUUAUAGUUGAAUUAUCAACAAAUGCUUAUUCUGAUCAUUUGGAUUAAUGUUUUAUUAGUAAAUUAUAUUUCAAAAGAAAUAUGGGGUUUUUUUUGGAAUCUCCUUUUACGUAUAUAUUUAAUGGUUUCUCCUAAGAGAAUGCCAUUUUAUAUUAUAUAUAUAUAAAUAUAUUUAUAUAAUCUGUAGUAAUAUCGUUCAUGCAAUUACCUGUACAUAGUAAAAAUUCUGAAUCCUAUAGGAUAUUAUGAGAUUUAAUCGGACAAAAAGAAAUUAUUUGUUGAAAAUAGUACAAAAUUAUUUAAUAUUUCAGAGACACAUAGCAACAUCCUUUUAUUUGACCUAUCCAGUGUACUAUAGAUUUCAAUAUAUUCCAUUGGCCAAUCUGUCAGUGUUGAACAACGUAUUGAUCGAAAUGUACAAUGUGAUUGGUCAGUAUAUAACCGUCAUUUGAUUUUACUUUGUACUAAAGAUUUGAUUUGUUGAUUUACUUUUUGUUUGCCAAUGAACAUUUAAAGCAUGAUACCAGUUCCUAAUCUACAGAAUAUAAGUAUCGGAAUAAAAAUAACAACGUAUGUAUGUAUGUAUGUUAGUUAAAAAUGUUCAUAUUCUUGCUCAUAAUUUUUUGUUUGAGUUUUUGUUGUUAAGGCUUUAUGUAUUUAAUGUAUGUUUGGAUUUGCACACUUUAAAUACAUCGCAUCACAUAUCAAAGAAAAUUUAACACUCUAUUAAAGAAAUGAGGAUCUUUUUAGAUUUAUAAAUGUGUACAUACAAUAAAUACACUUAAUUAUAUUGUAUGUAUACACUAUAACGAUAAUUCAUACAUGUAUUGUUUUUAUUAUGGUGUUUAUUUAAAUAUAUGUACUGUAUAUAGAUGUAAGGAUACCCGUGUGAAUUAAGAAAUUGUUAUUAUUGGUUUAACAUUUAUUAUGUUGAAAGUAUGAAAGUAAAAAAAAGAAUUAUUGUAAUUUAUUUCUAUAUCUGUAAAUCAACAACCUGAUUAUUAUUGGUAGUGACGGUUAAAUAUUGCUUAUUGAGUACUGAUAAUUAUUGAUUAAUUACUAGUGAUUGAUUUAUUGAUUAUCAGUAAUUUAUUAUUGAUAUUUAAUUGCUAGUCAUUUUGAUUGAGUUCUAGUAAUUAAUUAUCAGUAAUUCAUCAUCAGUAAUAUAAAUGACUUACUAAUUAAUUUUCAAUAAUUGAUUAUUAGUAAUUGGUCAUCAUAAAUCAACUAUUACUGAUUGAGCAUUAAUAAAUGAUUAUUAAAUUAUUAAUUGGUUAUUAUUGUUCAGUUAUUGAUAAUUGAUUAUCAGCCAUAGUUUAUCUCAACUCUGUCCCAUGUUUAAACCAUUUUCUUUAUAAUAUUUUAAACAUAAAAUAUAUGAAAGUAUUAAUAAUGAUAAUUAGACUAAAGUAACUACUGAAAAGACAAGUAGUUAAAGUAAAGCUAAACAAUCCAGAUUGACCAAGUAUAUAGCAUUCCAUUUUACAGUUCAGUAUGAAAUAAAACUUGGUUAUGUCUGGUGUUAAUUUAAUGUCCCAAAAGUAGAUUGAGAAUUCCAAUAGAGUGUUAGCCCAAUUUAUCCCACCCACAUGCCCCAGAGUUUCCCAUGCUUCUGUGCACUUCCCCCUUCUCCUUUUACUCUGUUAUCACAGGUAUACCAGAUUUAUCUAAAGUAGACUUGUAGCUUGGUGGUUAAGAUGUUCGGAGUCCAAUCCUAGGGCCUUGUGUCCAAUACCUGUUAAAACUAGGAUAUUAUUUUUUCUCAACUCAAAAGAUCACCUCUAUUAAUUCUACGCAUAAAAUUCUCACUGACUGGAUUAGAAUAAUAUCUGUUAAUAUAAAAUUUAUGAAAAUCUCUUUCAAAUUGGGGGUACUGUUUUUAUUUUGGAGGUAUGAACAAAAAUAGCUCCAGGUUGUAUUAUAGUUAGUUUGUUUCUACUUAAUUUGGCAAAAAAUGUAAUGAAAAGAAUGAACUGGAUUAAAUAUCAAUUAUAUUCUUUACAUCCAAUUAUACAAAUUAUUCAAUUUGCAUAAUUAAAAAGCCCAUUCGUGUCACAAUCGAUAUAUACAUAAGUAAUUUUAUCUUGAAAAUUUGAUUCACUUUGCAUGUUUACAUUUGGUAAUGGUUGACCGUCAUUGUAAAUUAUAUCUGGACAGAUAAUAAUCAUUAAUAUUAUAUAUGGUAUAAUAAUUGGUAAUAGGCAAGUAAUGGAACAUUAUAGGAUCUGUAAGUUUAAGACUAAUUAAAAAGAGACAAAAUAAUAUACUUUGGACAUACAUUGUUUACCACAGUGUUUUAUACAAUAGAUUAAAUAUUCCAGAAUAUUUUCAUUGAACAUUUAUUAUAACUUAAAAUAUGUGUUUAUUUCUAUUUCAUUCCAAAGCUAACUAGAAUAGUUUAAAACUACAACUAAAGUGUUAAACUUAUUUGACAUACACCUCAAUAAAAAGGUCUGAUCAACGUAUAUAGAAGACAAAUAAAAAGAGAUUAAAAGAGAGAAAAGGGGAAAACCGAUAACUGUAAUCUACACCAUGCCUAUGUAUGCCAUACACUAGGCAGAAUUACUAGAUCAAAUUGGUUUAACCAAACAAUGGACAAAAUUACCCAACCUACUCUAAUCUGUCCCAACAUGCAGUGUGGUAAACAAUCAAUUUCAUGAAUACCUAGUAGUAUAAGUAAUUCCUAGACACACUUGUACAGUGAUCAUCUAUCAAAUUGUAACAAUACUAAUUUAUAUAUGUAGAGCAAAAAACAUCACAGUAUAGGCCUGAUUUAUAUAAGUUUGGGUAGACAAUGUAUUGUAUUUUAGAGAUGAUAGUCACACAAAUAGUUGGUAAGUCCCAGAAAUGGUUGAAAACUUAAGAACUUCAUCUGCCUCACCCUUUCCAAUCUUUCCUUCCCGUAUUACUUGCCUUCGUUCCCUGUCCCUCUUUCACUGCCCUCAUCAUAUUCCCUCUUCCCUUGCCGUGUUCCCCUGUCCUAUUCUCUUACCCUCUUAAUGUCUGUGUUAAUAAGUGAGGUUUUUUUUUCUUAUUUCCUUGGUGGAUAAUGAUACCUUGAGGAUGUUUUAUUUUGUGGUGAAAUUUCUGGUUUAUUGUAUCCCCAGUUCGAAAGAGAUCAAAUCAUAAAUUAUAUAUUUAAAAUCUUAACACCACUUCAGAUUUAAUUGAAACUUCAAUUUACAUAAUUAAAACAUAAUUGUACCUGCUAUUACGUAUUUCUUGAACAGUUUCAUGUUAUUGUUAUAAUAUUUUAUAGGCCUAUUAUUUAAUUGUUCUUAAGCCUACAAUUUUUAUUAUUAUCAGUAUUAUACUAUUGUUAUUAUUAUUAUUUUGUGGUUAAUCUAUUUUGGGUUCAUUCCAUACCACCUGUGGUUUAGUAAUGUUAAAUCAUUCCCACCUUCGUGGUAGUAAUUCUAUGUUUCUACCGCUGUAGUAAUUUAAUGGUUCUACCUUAUUAAUUCUAUCGUCCUACCUUCCAUGAUUAUAUCAAUAUAGAAAUUCCAUGCCUUUCCCCCAGCCCUGUAUGUAUCAUUGAUUUUACUCUGGUAAUUUUAUGGGCUCUUAAUAAAUGCAUCCAAAUAAAGGUUCAGUCCCUGAAAUGAAAUUGUGUAAUAGUUCAUGGUUUCACACCUUAGUUUAUCCACUACUGCUGUUAACCAAGGAAAGAAUUUUAAAUUGAUAUUUAAAGUGGAGCCAGGCUUUCCACAAAUAUUGUAUCAGAGUAAUUAGUAGAAUUGUGUUAAUAUAUACAGUAUAUAUAAUAAUCUAGUUGUCAAAUCCCCAUUUAUAGCAGUCACUACGAACAGAGUUGUAAAAUUAAUCCGAAGUAAUACAUUGGCUAACCAAACAACCAGAAGCAUAUAAAUAAUGAUGAUAAAUGGUAUUGCCAUAACAAAUAAUACAGUAUACAUGGCUUGGUACUGUUGUGGUUAUAAAUCAUUGUAUGUUAUACAUAAUUAUGGCAAAUUCCUUGUUAAUCUCUGGAAGUUAGGUAGUCAUUUGUUGGACAAAGUAUAUCAGUUGUUACCCUAGCUUACCAAUUUAUGCGUUGCUUGAAUAUUAAUGUAAAUUUCUUUUCUCAGUUGCUAUUAGAAUCAAUCUUUAUUCUUUAAGUAACUCAGUGUUUUUAGUCUGAGAAAUAAAGAAUCAUUUAACAGCUAUGGAA